GUAAAGUCAGUCUAACUUUCGCUACUGUUCAGUUUAUACUCUGGUCAAAAUCAAUAUGAGCAAUAUUCGCAAUAUAUCCUCGACGAUGGCUGAAAUUGCUAAAGCACAAAUCAACGAAGACACCAGCCAAGUAGAUAGUCAUCUUUCAGUGAUAAAAUCAUGGCUCAUAGAAUGUAACUUGCAGUGCGGACCAAUUGACGAUCAGUUUUUGAUGGCAUUUCUCCGUGGUUGUAAAUUUAGCCUCGAGAAGGUGAAGAAAAAAAUUGUAUUAUUUUAUAAUAUUCGCUCCGAACUACCGCAAAUCAUUCAAAACAGAGAUCCAAUAGAUAUGGAUGUUUUACGCGUCAUUCGGAUGGGCGUCGGUGUUCCCUUGCCAAAGACGGAAAAAAUGUCCGAUCCAAAAAUAUUCCUGAUUCGUGUCGGAAAGUUCAAUGUUUCUCAGUGCACGUUUGCAGAUGUGAUGAAAGUUGGCACAAUGAUCAAUGAUAUCCUGAUGCGAGACGACGAUCAAAUGGUGAUUUGUGGCAUGGCUCUGAUAAUUGAUUUGCAAGGUGUUACUAGAAGCCAUUUGAUGCAUUUUGAAAUGAAUUUUCUAAAGAAGGUGGCAAUAUUGAGUCAGGACGCUUCUCCUCUCAGAAUGCAGGGCAUUCACAUCCUAAAUCCUCCUCCUGGUUUACAGACAGCAAUGAGUAUUUUUAACAGCCUACUUUCAGAAAAGAAUCAAAGUAAGCGGAUCUUUGUACAUGGCCGUGACCUUCAAUCGCUCCAUAAACAUUUUCCACCAUCUCUUUUGCCAGUAGAGUACGGUGGGAGUCUAGAUUCUGUAAACGAUUUCGUACAUGAAUGGGAAAAGAAAAUGAUAGAAAACCGAUCAUACCUCUUAGAGAUGGCAUCCAUUAGCGCUACCCUAAGUUCACCUAUCAUCGUCGAAAAUGCUGGGACUAAGAACGCUACCGCAUUUGGCUUUGAGGGCAGCUUUAGAAAGCUGAAUUUCGACUAGGAUGGACUUUUCGGUGGUGGCAAAUAUGGGCUAUUCGUUUAGUUUCGUUGUUACGCAUUUUAAGCAAGAGGGAGUUUAUGGUUAUUGGUUUCACAAUUGUUGCAUAAAACUUAAAAAAUGCUCUGCAAC